AUGCGCCUAGAUCUGUCCGUGCAAAACCAGGACGGUGGCUUCAGUCCGGUCGUCGUCCUGCUACCAGAGAGUGAGCCUGGAACACCACAUUUUACGACUGAUUAUUUAAAAAAGGAUACGGCGACGAGAUCUGAACAGGGGCUGGGGAAACUAGACAACCAAGAACUGGAUGACGGCUUAUCCGAUGAGCCACCAAGAACUAUUAUGCUUGAAAGACCGACCAGUGUCCUUGACGCGUCACUCAAACCAGAACCAUCUACUGGUAUUGAAAUUGAACCUGCGGUUCCGACGGAGAAUUACUGUGACACUCCCCCUACUCCUCUUCGUAAGUCAAAACUCCGUUAG